AAAGGGAAGGAGAAGCUGCGCUUUUUCCAGUUACUUCCAUUCACUGAUCUCAAAAGGGGAGCCCCUUCUCCGUUCUGCUCUCCUCUCCUCUACUCUGAUCUCUCAAUCUUACUCUCUCUCAUUCUCUAAUGGAAAAUCCAUAAUCUUUCAUCUUCCUCUGCUCUUCCUUUCUCUCCGUUCCCCAUAUCUCUUUCCGCGGAGCCUACAAACCAAGUAGUGACGGUCCACAAGCUUCAAACAUGGCGGAUGCGUACUGGAGGUACAGCGACAAUGGACAACCGCCGCCGUCGUCGACGAAUUAAACCAUACGAAAGCGUCCUCCCUCUGAUUACGGCAUAUAGAUUUUCCAUCUCAUGGUCAAGACUUAUCCCAAGACAUCCGAAGGAUGUAAAAUAUUACAACAAUCUUAUUAAUGAACUGAUCAGCUAUGUCGAACCACGUGUUACUUUACACUACAGUGAUCUCCCACAGGCACUUGACGAGGAGUGUGGAGGAUGGGUUAGUCGAAAAACUAUGUUAAUUCCUAACAUUUAUGGAAAAGACUUCACUGCAUCUGUAGAUGCACACUUAAAAAAUUUUGAGGAUAGAGUUUUGCAUUGGACUGCAAUGAAUGAGCCUAAUGUUUUUAUACUUGGAGGUUAAUAUAUUGGAUUUCUUCUGCCACAAUGAUUUUCAGCUCCAUUUGGUGUCAACUGUUCUAGAGGUAACUCCUCAACCAAGCCGUACAUGGUAGCUCAUAAUAUCAUGUUAUCUCAUGCAUCAGCUGCUAGAUUGUACAAGAUAAAGUACCAGGUAAUUGUCAAACUUUCACCUGUCAAGGGCUUCCAGAACUCUUAACUUUGUGAUAAUUAAUUAUAUACAAGCAACUUAUUAGUUCUCUGUCCUUAAAAACAUCAUACUCUUGAUACAGUUGAUGUCUCACAAAUUAAGAAGAGAGAAAAUUGAGAGUAAGAAAAAAAGGAAAAUUAAGAAGGAAGAAGAAUAACUUUACUGGUUUUGUGACUGUCAUCAUUCUUUCAUAUUUUGUUUUUAUGUGUUAUGCACGGACUUACAGGUAUAUUUUUAAUUUUGUACACACUCCGAAUGGUGUUUUUGACUUUUACAGUUUAACCCUACCACUAAAGGGAACUAAGGUAUCACUCCCCUAUGAAAUUAAAAAAAAAAAAAAAAAUCGCAUGUGGAUAUUUUUGGGGCCACUAUCUUUCCUGCAUUGUCUUUGUUGGAGGAAUCUAUACAAACACAAAAAGAAAAAGUGAGGAAAAGUGCAACAUCGCCUUCUAUCACUAGUUGACUCCUAAAUUGUCGAUUAAAUCCUCUUUUAUUUCUUUAUGGUCUGUUUUCCUAAUUGAUAUAGUUGUCUAAACUUAUUUAUUGCAUAGAAAUAUUGGGAAGAUAUUAAGUUUGGAGGGGACGAUCAAGUUGACUUCUGCACUGUUUCAUUUGUCAAAGAUGCGCAAGUUGUUCAUGAAUUGAAGAAUUAUCUGCGAAGUAACUGUCUAAAUACUUUAUCAUAUAUUCAUAAAAUAUAUUUGAACGCCACACUUUUGUUGAAUGCUUUUAAAUAAUUUAUCUAUAAUUUGAUAUUCCAGGUAACAAUGCAGAUAUACACGUUAUCUUAAAAAUAGAAAGUGCAGGUAUACACGUUAUUUGAAUUUUAUAUUAGAAAGUUGUGAUUUCACUCCUUGCUAAUGUAAAUUCGAUGAAAACUUAAAACAAGCAGCUAUUAGGAGAAGAUGUUAAAAUGAUGCAAAUGAACACACCAUCAUUCAAAGAAAUUUGAUGACAAGGCCUUGCUCGCUCAUGAAUUGAAAAAAUUUCGGGGUUUGUUUCUUCACUAAUUUUGUGUAAUUUGAGAAUUCAAAUGGUUAAAUUUUGGAGCUUAAAUUUUGGGUAAUUGAGUUGAAUAUGUAGGAGAGUGCAAAUUUUUUCAUACGGAGGUAUUCCUCAUUUUGGUUUAAGGUACUGUAUCAUGAGACGUUUUCUGGUGGAGAAAACAUCACAGCGCAGAGGAAAAUCAGAUUUUCUUUUGCAAUUUGCACCACCAAAAUAUGUACGACUUAUUCUUCUUUGUACGGUCGUCUGUAAAAGUAUAUUGUGGCCUCUUUACAUUUGUUUCUCUUUCUGCAGUUUUUCACCAAAUAAACAGAUUAUAAGCAACUUUUUUUAUCCAAUUUUUUCUUGCUUUUAAUGAUCAUGAGGUUUGUAGAUUGAAGGUAUAAGAGUAUUGCCCUUUUGUAACGUAUAAAAUUAAUAAGUCAUUUUACAUUUUCCCUUC